GUUACGUGAAAACAGGCUCUCUAUGUCUGGCCCAGAAUCAGGACCGUUUCCUCUCCCUGAAGCGCCUGGCAUCCAGGCUGAAUGUGAUGGGGAUCCCCUGUAACGUGAUCAAACCCAAAGAGGUGUCCAAGCUCCACCCCCUGGUGAAUAUUCAUGACCUGGUGGGGGCGCUCCACCUGCCGGGGGAUGCCGUGGUGUCACCUCCUGACGUCAACCACGCCCUCGCCACAGCAGCAGCCGGACACGGAGUCCAGAUCCAUGAGCGCACCACAGUUAACCAUGUGAUGAUGGAGAAGGGACAUGUGACGGCUGUGGAGACGGACAGAGGAGCCAUCGAGUGUGAAUACUUUGUCAACUGUGCAGGACAGUGGGCGUAUGAGCUGGGCCAGGCCAGUGAGACCAAGGUGUCUGUUCCUCUCCAUGGAUGUGAACACUUCUACCUGCUCUCCAAACCUCUACCAGAGCCUCUACAGCCCAGCACCCCAGUGGUGAUGGAUAUGGAUGGGAGGAUCUAUGUGAGAGCAUGGCAGGGAGGGGUCCUGUCUGGAGGAUUUGAGAAGAACCCUAAACCCAUCUUCACCGAGGGACGUAACCAGCUGGAGAUUCAGACCAUGCAGGAGGACUGGGACCACUUCGAACCCAUGCUGUCAGCCCUGUUGAGGAGGAUGCCAGAACUAGAGGUGUGUGAGAUCCAGCAGCUGGUCAACUGUCCUGAGUCGUUCACCCCAGACAUGCGCUGUCUGAUGGGGGAGACACCGGGGGUGCACGGCUACUUCGUCCUGGCUGGAAUGAAUGCCUCUGGCCUGGCCUUCGCUGGCGGAGCAGGAAAGUACCUGGCAGAGUGGAUGACGUAUGGUUACCCCACGGCUAACGUCUGGCCGCUGGACAUCAAACGCUUCGGCAACCUUCAGAGCAGCCGAACCUUCCUCCGACACAGGGUCAUGGAGGUCAUGCCCCUGCUGUAUAACCUAAAGGUUCCCCGUUGGGACUUCCAGACGGGCCGUCAGCUGAGGACGUCUCCCCUGUACGACCGCCUGGACACACAGGGAGCCAGAUGGAUGGAGAAACACGGCUUUGAGAGGGCCAAGUACUUCAUCCCUGCAGGGAAGGACCUGCUGUCCCUGGAUGCCAGUAAGACGUUCUAUAAGCCUGACUGGUUUGACAUCGUGGGGGCGGAGGUGAAAUGCUGCAAGGAGGCCGUCUGUGUCAUCGACAUGUCCUCCUUCACCAAGUUUGAGCUCACUUCUACAGAUGACCAGGCGUUGGCGUUGCUGCAGCACCUGUGUGCCAAUGACCUCGAUGUCCCAGUGGGUCACAUCGUUCAUACAGGCAUGCUGAACGAGAGGGGUGGAUAUGAGAACGACUGCAGCGUGGUCAGAG